AUUCAUUUAGUUGUUAUUUUGACUGCACUUAGCGAGGGGAAGAGGGUACUAUUUUGACAUCUAAUACGUGAAGUGGGUUGAUACUCUCCUUAGCUUUCUAGAUUGUUGCUUCUGUUUGAUAGAUAUUUAGUUUCACGGGAGAUUAUUAACUAUUUAUGCUAUAUAUUUGUGUCAUCAGUUUUAGAAACCAAAAACACCGCCUUAGCUCCCAGCUUUAAUCAGCUGAUACUCAAAUUAUUCCACUAAACUUAUGUUAAAUGUUUGAUUGCGAUUUGCUGUCGUGUUUGCCGCGUAAUGUGCGACGAUCAACGCAAGCGUUUGAAGUAAAAACAAGAAACAAAUCCAGACAAAAUACAUCGGCAUUUAUUACGCCAACAAUGAGCACAAACAGAUUUUCAUUCGGGCAUGUUUUCCUGGUUCAAAGCCAUAACUAUGUGCCAAGCUAUUUCUCUCUAAAUGAAUUUCAAUUAGUAGGGAACAGCAUCGCGUAUUCGGAGUCGACGGAUGCACCUGUCGAGAGAAGUCCACGCGAAUGUGUGGACGAUGGUGGUGACCCUAGCGAUCAUGACUCACAGUCUUUGAACCAAUGGAUGGAAAAUCUGGAUUUCUACCCAACCAUCUCAACUACAAGGUUCCAGAGCUCAAGUCUCGCUCGACAGUUCUCGUGUAAUGUUAGUAAAAUGGCGUGUAAGCAUAGUUCAAAGCUUGAGUGUGACGGGUAUUUUGGAUGUCCAGAGGAGAGGCUUUCACACAAAGAAGCCGGUACGACAGUAUCACGCCGUCGCCGCCCUGUGUGUAUAAUACCAUGGAAGAAACGACAUUCGACCCUUCAGCGAACUGGCAAGAAAAAGAAACAGCAGGCGACCAGGCCUCCAAUAGCGCCCACUCCUUCUCUCGCCGACCUCGCUUCCAUGGACACUUAUUACUCUUCUAAGGUAGAUUGCGCCACAGCACUUACAGACGCUGUCGAAACUAGACCCAAGCCCCCCGCAGGCGCCGUCAAGGUGAUGGCGAUAGCCGAAGCCAAGCCUACAGUCACGCCACUAGAGCCACACCAGCAACAAUCGCAAAGCACAAAGACACAUCCGGCAAUGUUCUAUAGUUACUUCGUAUCUAAGGGAUACCAAUACAAAAAAGCCUGUGCACCUAAGAGACGGUCGUGUGACGGUGUCUUUGGCUGCCAUGACGACACUGAUGCGCGACACAAAUGUAAAGGAAAACCGAAAUCAAAAGGUAAAAAGAAGUGAUAAUGGCGCAAGAACUCUGCUUGGAUCCAAAUCGGAAUUAUAUACCUGUAUAUUAGAUGAUGGUAAAGUGUAGAUUUGGCUUAUUAUAUUAAUUAAAAGGAUAUGAGCAGAAAAGCAUUGUAAGAAAGCGUUGUAAAAGAUCAGAGAGAUACGUUGACUGACAUAAAAGAUGUAGAAACCAAAUAAUAAAAAGAAAACCCAAUGAA